GUUUAUGUAUUGUUCUUCUGUACUAUGUGGCCUCAAUCAGGGCAUUGCUGCAAAAGAGCCCUGUGCUCAGUCAAUUUCUCCCUGAAUAAACAAUGAUGAUGAUGAUGAUGAUGAUAUUACUGACUGAUCUAUCGCCAUCCAUCGCAGAAGAAAUUGAGUCAUUGUGACGAAACGGCUACCCUGCGUCAUUCAUCAACCAACAAAACGUGACCUGCUAAUGUGGGUAACAUCAGACUGGUUGUAAACAUAUGACGCAGUCACAGGUUGGAGUCGGUUCCUUGGAAGCGCGGUGGAAAUCAUAGGGCACUGGCCAUCAUCCUUCGGGAACAUGGAGCUAGCUCUCGUGUAUCAGUAUCCCCCAAAGAUAGAGGUGCCACGGGGCCUCAGAACGAUCAUUGAGGGCCUUAGCCGAGCUGUUGUGCAGAGGCGGCCGGAAAGUAUACCGCACUUCGCUACGCUUUACUUUGCAGAACUGAUGCGUUUUAGAGCAGUGUGUAACAACGAAGAUAUUCAAAGGCUUGUGAAACAGUUCCAUGAAAGCAGAGUGGACAGGUUGCCUAGAUGUGGUUUGGGUACUAUGAAAGAUGUGAGAGCCAAGAAACUAGCAUCAGUAGCAACAGCAGCUUUAUUUACUGUACGCGCACACACGAUGGUGAAAAUCUCAGGCUCCAUCCCUGUCAAAUCUCCUGAUGAUGACGGCGAAAGCCUUCCAGGGCCUCUAGGGCAUGGCGAAGGCAAGGUGCCCCGCACUAAUAAUAUCGUAGCGGUCAUUCACACUAAAUGGGUCUCAAAGCGCCUCCGGCCUCUAAAUGAAACGGCACUCACCCAGGAAGUUGCUGCAGGAGCAGCCACGAAGCCUUUGCCUAGCAAGAAGAAAGUUGAGUGUAAGCUGGUCAGGCCUGCAGUGCUCACUGAAGAGCCUGAGAUAGACAGUUUGGAUGUGUGCUUGACUGCUUCAGGACCACAGGAGGAAACCCUUGUUUUGGUCAACCCAGAAGAAAGAAUUACCUCUCAUUUGGCGUGCACAUCUGUUUCGACCUCUGGUUUGGUUUAUCCCCCUCUUCCAACAGAACAAGAGAUUUAUUCAGCAGAGCAAGAGAUGACACAUUAUCUGUCUCGUCAUCAUCUUUCUCUAACAGAGCCUGUAUCUCAGCAUAGACCUUUUGAUGGAUUUUUUCCCCAAGUGAACCCAGACAGUUCUGCUCUUCUACUGGAACUAGAGAGUGAGCUUGCAGCUGACCACAGUUCUGCAACAGCUCUGGCCAAUGGUCCUCACCAGCUUUCUCUCAGUACUUCUGACAGGAAGAAGAACCAGGGUGAUCACACACUUGUCAGACCCAUAGCUCCUGCUGAAGACCCUGAGUUGUUUGGUGUGAACAAUGUAGAGUGGACCCCACCCGCAAUGGAGGAGGGUGAAAUAGCUGAGCUGAUGGACAAACAAUUGAAGAUACUUCUCAGUAUAAAACGAAAGAAAGUAAACAAUGUUAAAGUGAAGGCUUCAACCUUAACACAGGAGGUAUUGACCUCAUCUAGUGCUACCAAGUUAACAGAGACAUCAUUCCCAGAGGAAAUGACUGAAACGAGUUCAACCGAGGUUCCAGCCCCACAGACUGCCCAGCAAAUGGUAUAUUGGGCCUUCCCAAUGCCUUAUGCUCUUCUGGCUGCAGGCUAUUUGCCUCAGAACUCUGGCCCUACCGCUACCUCUGGGAGAACAGUGCCUCCUACUGUCGAGCAACAACUUCAGCCACUGGCUGCUGAAUUGCAACCACCACAGUAUGCCAUGCACACCUCUCCAGGCACAGCUCAGUCCAGCCCACCAGCAGGAAUACCCGGCAUGGUUUUCCCAUUUAUGAGCCCACAGCUAUGGAGGUUGUGCCCUGUGGCUCAGCCUCAUUCAACAGAAACACCAGCCAGUCAGUCUGGGACAGCAGGCCACUCAGAACCAUGCCAGGCAACUCAGCAAGCCUCAUCAGACCAGGCACCCACAUUCCAGAAUGGUUCCACCUGUCCUCAGAUGCCCAUCCUCUUUCUUGCAUGCCCUUUACCCACUGGAUGCCAACACCCUGCCCAUGAAACAUACAGCAAGGCCCUCUAGUCCCUCUAACCUGCUUCCAUAAUUACACACAUUGCAUUGAAAUCUGUUU